AGACCAAGUAACAUGCUUUGCUGAGUACCUCUACUAAAGACCGACCAACUCUGAACGUAAAGUCUUGUUCCACCCACCCACCAGGCAGCCACCGACACCGAGAGAAGGCCAGCCAGCCAGCGGUGAGGAAGAAGCCACGCCUGCAAUACUGCUACUCUGGAUCCCUGAAACAAGAUCGAAGAAUGUACCGCUACCCAGCUAGCUAGGAGAGAGAAGGCUGCUAGCUUGUUCGUAGUAGAGGCAGCUUCGCUCAUGGGCAGCUCUUCCGGCGAGGAUUCGCCGGCGGCCCGUUUUAAAGCUCCGGCAAAAGAGAAGCAGGUAGCGGUGGCAGGACGGCAGGAAGUGCCAAGUUAUCACGGCGUGCGCAAGCGGCCGUCGGGAAGGUACGCAGCGGAGAUCCGGAACCCGUACAAGAAAACUCCCCUAAUUCCCCUCAGGCUGGGGACGUACGAUACGCCUGAAGAGGCCGCGCGCGCCUACGACCGUGCCUCCUGGGAGUUCCGUGGCAAGUCGGCACGGCUCAACUUCCCUGAUGAGGUCACCGCCGCGGCCGCACCAGCGACCGAGGACCUAUCGGGGAAGCUACCCAAUGAGCGCCGUGGCAAGUCGUCCCGGCUCAACUUCCCUGAUGAGGUCACCUCCGCCGCUGCACUGGCGACCGAGCGCCGAUCGGGGAAGCUAAAGCUACCCAAUAAAAUCGCCACGCAAUGGUCCUCGUCUGAUGGCGGGUCAGGGUCAGAGUCAGAGUCAGACACAGAGGCUCUCGACUUUGCCGAUGAACCGCGACUACCAUCCCAAGGCAAAGGUUCGGCAGAGGAAAACUUUAUCGAUCUGUUGGAUGGGUUCGUCUUCUUGGCACCGGCAUGUGAGGUGUCACUGUCUGAGGAGUCCUCGUUGGUUUCAACCCAAACCUUGGGUAAUCCAGAGGGAACGGCAGAGAUCGAGAAGGAUUCUAGUUCAUUUUGGGCUUACCCUCCAAUCCAGAACCCAGAGAGAACUGUACUCAGGCCAAGAUGGCCAACAAGGCGGCGACGAAGGCGAACAAGGUCUGCGGUGACACUGUCGUCCGAACAGUCCGCGCAGGGCAGCUAUUACUUCCAGGAGACCACGGCCGCCGAGAUGUUGUUAGGACUGUCAACAGUCGGGUCUCCGCGGCUUAACUUCCCUGAAGAGAUAACCACCACAUUGGCACCGUCAUCUGAGGGAACACUGUCGCCCAACUGGCUGCCUGACUGGCUGGCGCCGCUCAACAUCCCCGUUCCAGGCGAGGAGUGCCUCGACUUCUGCACCGAGCUUGCACUGUCGUCGUGCGAGGGCGGCGGCUCGCGCUCUGACGCGCUCCAGGUCCAGGCGGCCGGCACCAUGGACGUCCCUCCCCAAGGUGCCGCCUCCAUCAUCCAGAACAAUGCUACAGAAGACUGCCCACAGCUGCCCUUGCAGCCGGGCGGGGAAGAGGAAGAGCACCACCAACAGCAGCUCUAUCCGUGGCUUGUUUCUCCUCCUCCAACAAGCUCUCACUACUGUGCCGCUCUGGGCGCCAUGGGAUCCCUCCUAAGGAAUCUCCACACAGAACUACACGGAAGUGGCAGCCUGCCAAAGAUGGUCAAGGAAAGGAUGCAACUCCUCAAAGAUGAUCUUGAAGAAAUAGGCGCGUACCUCGAGGACCUGUCGGAGGUGGAGGACCCUCCCCUGACGGCCAAGUGCUGGAUGAAAGAGGUGCGUGAGCUGACGUACGACGUCGAGGACUACAUGAACAAGUCUGUGCUGCGGCAGCCUGUUGUUGUCCGCGCCACUGCCAGUGCCAAGAUCAAGAGCGGCGGCAAACCCGUGGCCAAAGCCCGACAUGUUAAGAUCACUCGUCUCCCGAGGAGGGUCAACCGGCCCCACAGGAUCGCCGACAUGCUAUCAGAGUUCAGGGUGUUUGUCCGGGAGGCCAUUGAACGGCACGAGAGGUAUGAUCUCGGUUGUCGCAGCUUGAGGCGUAGAUUUGUGUCUGUCGGUCCUGUGCUUCCAAUGACGUAUGAUGAAGCUGCCGACAUAGUAAUUGAUGGCCGGAUGAGCAAGUUUAUCACCUCUCUGGCUAACGAUGGGGAUCAGCAGCUCAAGGUGGCAUCUCUUGUUGGAUCGGAAUGUCUUGGUAAAACUACACUUGCCAGAGUGUUCUACGAGAAAUUUGGGGCGCAAUGUGAUUGUCGGGCCUUCGUUCGGGUGUCCCGAAAGGCUGACAUGAAGAGGGUUUUCAGGGACAUUCUUUGGCAGGUCCAAAGGCAACAGCCCCCUGAAGAUUGUAAGCAGCAUGAACUUACUGACAGUAUCAAGAAACAUCUGCAAGAUAAAAGGUAUUUACUUGUUAUUGACGAUUUGUGGGAUGCAUCAGUAUGGGAUAUUAUAAGUGAUGCUUGUCCAAAGGGUAAUAAUCAGCGCAGCAGAAUAAUAACAACUACACGAAAUGAAGAUGUUGCAUUAUCAUGUUGCUGUGAUCUCUCCGAGUAUGUAUUUGAGAUGAAACCUCUGGAUGAUUAUCACUCGAGAAAGCUAUUUUUUGGCAGAGUUUUUGGCUCUGAAAGUGACUGUCCUCAGCAAUUUAAAGAAGUUUCAGAUGAAAUUGUUGGAAUAUGUGGUGGUUUGCCGCUGGCCAUAAUCAGCAUUGCUAGUCUUUUAGCAAGCCAGACUGUCAUAUUAAUGGAUCUGUUGAUGCACAUACGUGAUUCAUUAACCACCUGUCUGUGGGCAAAUUCCACCUCAGAAGGAAUGAGACAAGUACUAAACCUCAGCUACAAUAAUCUCCCUCAAUAUUUGAAGACAUGCUUGCUCUAUUUUAGUAUGUAUCCAUUGGGCCGUACCAUCUGCAAGGAUGAUUUGGUUAAACAAUGGGUCGCUGAAGGUUUUAUCAAUGCAGCAGAAGGGAAAGACAUGGAGAAAGUUGCAGCAAGCUAUUUUGAUGAACUUGUUCAGAGAAAGUUCCUCCAACCUCUAUGUAUGAACCACAACAAUGAGGUGCUGUCCUGCACCGUUCAUGACAUGCUACAUGAUCUUAUUGCACACAAGUCUGCAGAAGAGAACUUCAUUAUGGUAACAGAUUAUCAUCAAAAAAAUAUGGCACUUUCCGAUAAUGUUCAUCGUCUAUCUCUUCACUUUGGCGAUGCAAAAUAUGCAAAGAUACCAGAAAAUAUCAGAACCUCUCAAGUUCGGUCUGUUACAUUUUCUGGAUUAUCCAAGUGCAUGCCUUCUGUUGCAGAGCUAAGGCUUGUUCGCGUUCUGAACAUUGAAUUAUCUGGUCAUCACGGUGAUGACAGGAUAGACCUCACUGGGAUUUCGGAACUGUUUCAGCUGACAUACUUGAAGGUUGCAUCUGCAUGUGAUGUCUGCAUAGAGCUACCAAACCAUAUGAAAGGGUUACAAUGCUUGGAAACAUUGGACAUGAAUGCAAAAGUGAGUGCUGUUCCAUUGGAUAUUAUUCAUCUUCCACGCUUGUUGCAUCUCCACCUUCCUGUCGAGACAAGUGUGCAGUUUGAUUGGAUUGGCAGCACAGGAUCCGUUAGCCCGGGGAGCCCUGGAAAGCUCAUCAACCUGAGGGAUAUUCGCCUCACAUGUUCUGUGCCGCCUUCCGACCAUCUUGAGAGAAACAUGGAAGCUCUGUGCUCUUUGCUCGGAGGACAUGACAACCUGAAAACUCUAGCCAUGGUUCCUAUUGCCACUUGUAGAAAUGAUUUUUUACGUGCUGACAGCGCUUCGGAAGUAACAACAAUUUCCUGGGAUGGAUUGACGCCUCCUCUCCACCUCCAGAGAUUCGAGUGGCUACCCUGCAGCUGCAUACUUUCCAGGGUUCCUAAGUGGAUUGGAGAACUUGGCAGCCUCUGCAUUCUGAAGAUUGCCAUCGAGACAUUGUCGAUGGAUGACGUGGCUAAUCUCCAAGGAUUGUCUGCGCUAACUGUUGUCUCACUCUACGUCCGGGAAAGAGUUGCAGAAAGAAUCGUCUUUGGAAAGGCAGGAUUCUCUGCUCUCAAGUACUUCAAGUUCAGGUGCAGUGUACCUUGGCUGAAAUUUGAGGCAGAUGCAAUGCCCAAUCUCCAGAUUCUCAAGCUUGGAUUUAACGCUCCGACGGUGGAUCGACAAGACACUGCACAUAUCAGCAUCGAGCGCUUGUCCGGUCUUAACGAGAUCACUGUGAAAAUUGGGGGUGCAGGUGCUGAUUCAGAGUCCACCUUGAUGGACACCGUUAGCAAUCACCAAAGCAAUCCUAAAAUCAAGGUACAGUUAGUGGAUUGGGUGUUUUACGGUGAGUAUGGUAGUGAUAAGGGGACAGAUGAAUGUCACGGAUAACACACCAUGGAUUCUGGUAUGCAUAGUUUGGGAAUUUUCUGAUGACACGCCAUGGGGUUGCUUCAGAUGGUGACAAAGUAGAUUUUAACUAUAUGCACUGAAAAUUGUAUUGGUCUGAUGGGAGUAGGUUUGAAAUUGAUGUUUUUAGAUGAUCCAUAGAACGCUUCUGGAACUUUUGGACAUUUUGUCGAUUGGGUGUGGAGUGAUGGGGUUUAUGCGUAGAGGUUUUCUAUGGUACCCUUAGAGGAGGGAGUAGUAUGAUUCUAGUCCAACCAGGCGACCAUUGAGGCUUUGUACGGCACAUGGAUUUUAGGGCAUCUGCACAUGUGGAGAUGAGUCCCAGUUACAGUUAGCGCAGUACUAAUACAUAUAAGCACCUCAUCUGUACCAGCCGAUGUUGCCGAUGUUGCCUCGUCUUCACCUGACACUCUUCUGUAAAACAUGUUAUUCAGUGUUCUUAUGGAGAAACGUGGUAGUA